AUGUGGUGUACCCCAGGCUCAAUUUUAGGACCAUUGCUGUUCCUGUUGUACACCAACGACUUACCCGAGUGUCUUAAUAACACAAGACCUCGACUAUUCGCUGAUGACACAAAUCUUACAGCCUCUGGUAACUCCAUAGCUGAUGUUGAGCUUGCAUUAAACUCUGAUCUAGACAACCUAAGAAACUGGUUAAUUGCCAAUAAACUUAGCUUGAAUGUAGCAAAAACAGAAUUUAUGCUAAUUGGCUCUCCACAAAUGAUAAGAAAUGUUUCAAAUUUUCAACCAAAUAUUAUAAUCGAAAACAAACAAAUCAGACAA